UUGAACAGGGAAACCCCGAAGUUAACCUUCGGGUUUUUGCGCAUCUAUGAUAUGUGUUUCCUAAUAAAAUGAUGUAUAUUUCAAUCUACUAUACGUGUCUUGCAAGGGCUGGCUUUAGUUCACUUGGAACAGGUGCGGUUUCAUUACUUCCUGUUUACAACCUGGUGAUACGGUUUAGGCGGGGUUACUGCUGUCUGUAAUGCACUUAGUUCGAUCUGGCGCUGUUGGAUGGGCUGAUGGUGAAAUGGCACCAAAUGUGAGAACUGAUAUUGUAGUUGCCUACAUACCAUUUACUCUUAGGCUACCCAUCCCAGCCCCCCUCUGCUCUGCACGGCCACAGAAGUGAAACCAUGGCCAGACAGACACCUUCCUUUCCACAGAGAACACUUGAGAGUCAACAGACAACAACAAUUCAGCCAUACUGAAGUUUUUCCAGAAAAAUGCAGUCUCCACAUUCAUUUGAGUAGCUUAUUUUGAAGAUAAGCAUGUCACUGUAAAUAACAUAAUAACUCACACGCGCUCUGAAAACUGAGAGAGGAUUCUCUCUCUCCCAAAAAAUGUGAACCAGGUCACCUUCCAUGAUCAUCAAAUCCUUAUACCACCUAGGUGAAGUAGAGUAGAGUCAUGACUACAGCAAGGCUGGACAAUCAUGGGUGGCUUGACCCGGGUGUUGAUGUACACAGUGGGUAGGAACCCCACAGCAAUGUUUUGACUGUAUACAGAGUAGAGAGAAUCCCUGCCUGAUUCUCAAUUCUCUGGGCUAAACUGAGAACAGCAAAAAGGUAAUGUAUGGACCAGAUCCAUGACAGACAUAAUGAUAAUUCAACAACCUAGCUAUGUGUUUCAUGUAUCUUACAGGAUUGAGGACUCCCAGGCUGUGUGAUGUAGACCAAGGACAGAUGCUGAUCAACCAGCAAUAUUGUAAUAUUGACAAAAAACCUUGGUCUCUGAACACUACGAGAGAACAUUUGAGAACCAAAGUGGGCCCUGGGGUGGCAAGUGAAGGUAGCAGGGUCAGGACCACAGCCACAGGGCCCUGACAGCUGUGUGUGGUUUGUGACACAGGUCUAAUGGAUACCUAAUUGGAAAUGCUGGGGUCCCACCCCAGGACUGACCUUGACAUUGAGGUUGAGUGAGGGAGCUGCGGCAGCAGCAGAGUGCCCCGUGCUGCAGUAAAAAGGAGGUGAAGAAGACAAGGUAGAGCCAUGGCAGGAUGGGGCCUCCUUCUGCUCCUCCUCCUGUGGGUGGUCUCCCUGGCCCAGGGCUCGUCUUUCCUCUCUGGUCAGCGCCACCGGACCCGUCUGCAGAGGGACCGUCAAGCCCGCAACAACGUCCGACCCAACAUAAUCCUUAUCCUCACUGAUGACCAGGACAUCGAACUGGGCUCAAUGCAGGCCAUGAAUAAGACACGGCGUAUCAUGGAGCAGGGAGGCACCCAUUUCUCUAAUGCCUUCUCCACCACUCCCAUGUGCUGCCCUUCGCGCUCCUCUAUUCUCACAGGGAAGUACGUUCACAACCACCACACCUUCACCAACAACGAGAACUGUUCCUCACCCUCCUGGCAGGCCCACCAUGAGCCUCACACCUUCGCUAUGCACCUUAACAACUCAGGCUACAGGACGGCCUUAUUUGGGAAGUACCUGAAUGAGUAUAACGGCUCCUAUGUGCCCCCUGGCUGGAGGGAGUGGGUAGCGCUGGUGAAGAACUCUCGCUUCUACAACUACACUCUGUGCAGGAACGGCGUGCGGGAGAAGCAUGGCAGCCACUAUCCAAAGGACUACCUCACAGACAUCAUCACCAAUGACAGCAUCAACUACUUCCGCUCGUCCAAGAGGAUGUACCCCCACCGACCAGUGAUGAUGGUCCUGAGCCACGCUGCCCCCCAUGGGCCGGAGGACUCAGCACCACAGUACAGCACUGCAUUCCCCAACGCCUCGCAGCACAUAACCCCAAGCUAUAACUACGCUCCUAACCCAGACAAGCACUGGAUCCUGCGCUACACAGGCCCCAUGAAACCCGUCCACAUGCAGUUCACCAACAUGCUGCAGCGCCGGAGGAUGCAGACCCUGCUGUCUGUGGACGACAGUGUGGACAAGGUGUACAACAUGCUGGUGGAGACAGGUGAGUUGGACAACACCUACAUUGUCUACACAUCAGACCACGGCUACCAUAUUGGUCAGUUUGGCCUGGUCAAAGGCAAGUCCAUGCCCUACGAGUUUGACAUCCGGGUACCCUUCUUCAUACGAGGCCCCAACGUGGAGGCAGGAGCCAUUAACCCUCAUGUGGUGCUGAACAUUGACCUGGCUCCCACACUGUUGGACAUGGCCGGAGUGGACGUUCCCUCUGACAUGGACGGCAAGUCCAUCCUUAAACUCCUGGACACAGACAAACCUGUCAACAGGUUCCAGGUGAACAAGAAGGGGAAGAUGUGGAGGGACUCGUUCCUGGUAGAGAGAGGGAAGCUGCUCCACAAGAGGUCUGAUGGGAAGGACGUGGCCCAGGAGGAGAACUUCCUGCCCAAGUACCAGCGGGUCAAAGACCUGUGUCAGAGAGCAGAGUACCAGAGCUCCUGUGAACAGCCAGGACAGAAGUGGCAGUGUGUGGAGGACCCUUCUGGUAAACUGAAUCUGUAUAAGUGUAAGGGCAUGGCCAGUCUCUAUGCCUCACGUAUGCGGGCUCUGAUGGCCAGCAGCGGGUCCCAGCAGGGGGUUGGACUUGUCUCCAAUGCUGGAGACAGCUGUGACUGUGGCCCCCUAGGCCCCAAAAGUACACCCCUGAAGAGGAAGAGACUGCUCACCAAGAAGAAGGUAAAGUCCAGUAAGAGUCUGACUAGGAACCGUUGGGCCCGGUCCGUUCCCUUUGAGCUGGAUGGAGACAUGUAUGCUGUGGACCUGGAGGAGGGCUACAGGCCCGUGGGCCUCAGCAACACCAGCUGGCCCGGGGAGAGGAGGAGAGGAGCGGGCCUGCUGGAGGACAACGAUGAGGAGUUCAGUGGCAUGGGAGUCACAGCCAGGCCCACAACCAACAAGAGCCUUACACCACCUGUUGCUCUUAAAGUCACCUACAGGUGUUCCAUCCUGAUGAAUGACACAGUCAGGUGUGAUGGAGGACUCUACAAAUCCCUCCAGGCCUGGAAAGACCAUAAGCUCCAUAUCGAGCAUGAGAUUGAAACCUUGCAGACGAAAAUAAAGAACCUGCGUGAGGUCAAGGGUCACCUGAAGAAGGUUCGGCCUGAAGAGUGCCAGUGUAACACCCCCAGUUACCUGUCCAAAAACAAAGGGAUAUUCAGACUCAAUGCAGGCCGCAUUCACUCACUCAGCAAAAUGCCCUCUAAGCAGAAGAAGCAGUGGCUGAUGAAGGAGCAGAAACGCAGGAAGAAGCUCCGUAAACUUCUCAAGAGGCUCCGCAACAACGACACCUGCAGCAUGCCUGGUCUCACCUGCUUCACCCAUGACAACCAGCACUGGCAGACUGCCCCCUUCUGGACAAUGGGUCCAUUCUGUGCUUGUACCAGCGCUAACAACAACACCUACUGGUGCCUGAGGACCAUCAACGACACACACAACUUCAUAUUCUGCGAGUUUGCUACGGGCUUCAUAGAGUACUUUGAUCUGAACAAUGACCCAUACCAGUUGAUAAAUGGGGUUAGCACCUUGGACCGCACUGCCCUCAACCAGAUGCACCAGCAGCUUAUGGAACUCAGGAGCUGUAAAGGCCACAAGCAAUGCAACCCAGAGACAGGUGGUAAAGACAGAAACUCCUUCAGUGAAUACAGGCCAGUUCAACGUCGAAAGAGGCCAAAAGUGAAGAAGCCCUCCUCCAAAUCGAUAGGGCAGAUUUGGGAAGGAUGGGUUGGUUAACAACCUGUGUCGCACAACCCACCACAUCGCGGUCUGCCAACAGAGGAGGAUCAGAACUACUGGAGAACCUGAGGACCUUGUACAGACUUCAUGGGAAUGUAACCUGAAAUACCAUUAUUGUAGGAGUUUAUGGAAGAGGAUGCUGAUCCAACAUUAGCUACCACUGAUGCUCAGAUCAUCACCCAGCAGAGCAAAUACUGAAACAGCCAAAAAUAAUGAAACCUCUCCAGUCUUCUCUUUCUCUCUCACACACACACACAUUCACAUCGACACACACACACACAUUCACAUCGACACACACUCACACAGGAAUGUUCUUACCUCUCAUCUAUCUCCCCAGUUCUCAGGACCACUAACCUGAGUGGGAGACUGAUCAGUUGAGUGUGGAUAAACUCUGAACCUUUACUUUGGCUUUCAACAAUUGCCCUGAGUGAACAGUGAAUGUGAGGUGUGUUUAAUAUUAGUCUCUCGUAACCGCCGUAGCAUUGGGUGCCGAGAUUAGUUUAAUGUCAACUCUGCUGCUACAAACUGAUGUGUAUAAUCUCUUAUGGCCGUGUGCCAUAAUUAUAUGGUAUAUGAUGUCAGGCAAUUACAUCAAGUCAAGCUUUCCCCUCACUGCACACUCACAGCAUGAAAAGUACUGUCCACAAAACGUCAGUACGCCUGGAAACUCUCCUCAAGGCUAAGACUCCUCACCUCCUUUUGUUGGUGCUACGGCUACAGAAUAAUUUCCCCAGGACAUGUACUCAAUUUUUUUGUAUUGUAACUAAUAUUAACGUUGAUCAAAUGUCAUGCAAGGAUUAUUUACGGCCCCCAAGAAUGAGACAGGCGUGAUGAUAACAACACACCAGACCGUAUGGGGAUGGAGCUGGUUAGGACAUGACACAUUACAUCAUCACCUAUCUUAUACCCCCUAGUUCACUUCAAACCCAGGAUGGGACUUCUCUAACCACUACCCCACCCUCCUAGACAAUGGUACAAACGAUUGGUGUAAACAUCUUCACACCAGCAGAAUGCUGACAUUUCAUUAGUGGAUGUCAUUUUACCCCUUUGUAUUGCUAAUGCCACCUGCUAGGUCCGAUCAGUUUAGUUUGUUCAGCUUGCUAUACAUGGUGCUAUGAUAACGUUGCGAAAAUAAAGACUUGCUGUACAUACAGUAUGUAUUUGAAUGUAUGUUGUGCAGUUAAUAUAAAUGUUUACAUUAUUUUUUAUAAUACUGAAAAAGAGGCAGACCUCUCUUUUGUGUUCGAUAUGAGAUGACAAAUAUUACCUUUUAGAUAAGAACGUAUGCUGAUGAAUUUUCCUAACUCUGUAUUUGUCCAUUUGUUCUCUCUGCACAUCUUUCUGAAUUGUUCUCUGCUCUCUCAAAACCCACUUUUAGAUUGAAAAAACGUCUUUCUGAUGAAAAAGCACUUAGAAAACCUUCACUGUGAAAGGUCGCUCUGGAUAAGAGCGUCUGCUAAAUGACUAAAAUGUAAAUGUUAAUGUAAAAGAAGUCCCUGUAAAAUGACUCUGCUUGUCUGCUGUACAUACGAGUAAACAACACAACAAUGUAAUGCAUCUUGACAUGCAUAUUCAUUAUAUUGCCUUUGUUUUUCUGCUUUCUUUGUUUCUUAGCAGUGAGACUCCCACAGCAGAGAGUUCUCAUAGUGAGUAACUGUGAAUAAAGUGUUGAUUGCC